AUGAAUGGGCAGCAGCAGCGAACCAGCCAGAUGCCAUCUGUGCACAUUGUUGAAGGACCCACCAUAUGGAUUAUUGGGGACAGUUACGUACGGCGUGGUCGCGACCGGGCAGCCGAGACCCUUGGUCACAAUUUAGGGAUGGCGGCCCACGUCCAGUGGUUUGGCCGCGGAGGACUCCGCUGGAGCAGCCUGGUGCCGUGGCUUUUUCGCUUGCUACGGGGACGGUCCGCCCCGGCUGUCCUGCUCAUCUGCUGCGGCAGCAACGACCUCGGGAAGGUGAAGAGCGUGGACUUGGUCGCAGCGAUGAAGCGGGACCUUCUGGACCUCCAUAGGCGGUAUCCAUCGAUGGACAUUUUUUUUUCGCAACUGACCGAUCGCCGCCUGUGGAGGGACGCCCAGCCGGGGCGGAUCAAUCAUUAA